CCUUAGCGGACGUAGUAGAGAAUUUUGUUUAUGAAAUUUCUGCUCCAUGUAACAUGUUUAUGAUAAAGUUCAAUUUUUAAGUUCAAGUUAAACUUACAAAUGGUUCUUGCUUUAUUGUGAAAGGUAGAUCGACAUGUGCUUUAAUAAUAUCUGGACGCUUUAACCGUGUAUAUGAGCACCCAAGUGUGUGUGUUACUGUAGAAUACAACCGACGCUGUUGCAGGGCAUUUAUAGAAAACUGUUGGAUGUUGGUGUAUUUAAUAUUUUCUUUUACAUAAGGCUCAGCCCAAGGACCGAUCCGUCCGUCUGCGUGUAAUGCCGGAACAGAGCAACGACUACCGCGUGGUUGUGUUCGGCGCGGGAGGUGUCGGGAAGAGCAGUCUCGUUCUGAGAUUCGUGCGCGGGACAUUCCGGGACUCGUACAUCCCCACCAUCGAGGACACGUAUCGGCAAGUGAUCAGCUGCAAUAAACAGGUGUGCACUUUACAGAUCACAGACACGACCGGAAGUCAUCAGUUUCCGGCCAUGCAAAGACUGUCUAUAUCAAAAGGUCACGCGUUUAUCCUCGUAUAUUCUAUAACAAGUCGACAGUCUCUAGAAGAGCUUAAACCGAUCUUUGAGGAGAUUCGAGAAAUCAAAGGAACGGACAUUGAUGGAAUCCCAAUUAUGUUAGUUGGAAACAAAUGUGACGAAUUCGCGAGGGAGGUGGGGACGCCGGAAGGGGCGGCUGUAGCGAAACACUGGAAGUGCGGGCAUCUCGAAACGUCUGCGAAAACGAACUACAACGUUAAAGAACUGUUCCAGGAAUUAUUACAGUUGGAAAAACGGCGGACAAUGAGUUUGCAGUUGGAAACAAAAAAGACGCGCUCGCAGAAACGGAAGGAAAAGUUAAAGGGAAAAUGUUCAAUAAUGUGAAGUUUUUCUGUAUAUGCAAAUCAAUCCGUUCAAGAGAGGUUGCUUCCCCUUUACUUUAUGGUGAACAAGACCUUUAAAAAGCUUCAACUAAAGUAAUAGGCUCUACCUGUGCACCGUAGUGUGUGCUGUUGCAUUUGAAACCACGCUAUGAUUUUGAGUGGAGGAAUUUAGCUGGGGAUAACAUCGACGUUUAGGGCCAAGGACGAUUCAUUCUACGUCAUUAAGGUCACGUUUCUGAUUCCAGCUUUGGAUUUUGGCGAUUAGACAUAUUAUAACAAUAGUAUACAUUUACGAGAUACGAAAUAUGCGUGCUUCAAUGCAGUCCAAGUGCUUCAUAGUAGCUAUACACCUGUGUUAUAUUGUAGACGUUUAUUGACGCCGAUUCAGAGGAACUAACAUUUAAAUGAACACUUCUACAACUACGGGGCCAAAAGGCCGUAGUUUAUUUUAUUUAAUAACUGAUCUAUGAGCCGCGUCAUGCACAAUUGGUCUAAUGCAAUAUGACCAGCGUAACUCCAGACCAGCCUACGCAAUCGCGCGGUCUGAUGCUGAGCUGCGCUAUCCGCUACUAAAUCAUGCAUGGUUUUGUGGUCUUAUUAGCGGACAGGGUAGCUCCUGGCCAGACUGCGCAAAUUCGCAGGCUGAGCCGGAGAAACUCUUGCCGAAAUAGCAUAACACCCAUUUUUCGCAUGACGCGGAUACUAUAUGAUAUUAUUUUCCUAGUAUUAGGUUACUUAUCAAGUCUUAUAAGAAAUACCAAUGCGUUGUAACCAAACCAGUAAAGGAGACUAAAUCACAAUAUAUAAAAAAAAGGUCGUUUAAAAUUGUAUCUUUAAACGACUGACAGAGUCCAUAGCAGGUAGAUCGUCCCUUUAAAUUUAUAAUUGUUACAUAUCUUUAUUUUAAUCCUCGUGUUUGCAUACGUAGAUAGGCUUGAAUAAUACUGUUAUUACUCAUGCACAAUUUAUAAUUGUGACUCUUAAAUGAUAGUUUUUUUUUUUUUUUUUUGUUUAAUUAAUAGAUUAAACUUUAUUUUGGGUGUAGCAUGCAAUAGUAUAAACUUGUAUUAAUUACUUAUUGGCAAUACAUUAAUAAUCAUUACGCAUUCACUAAGAAUUGCUAUUGAAAGUUGCAUGAAUCAAUGAGAACUUUUGCGGAAAAGUAUUUAGUCGUCUUAUUUCUUAUAAAUUGACAUUGACAUUAUUUCAUUAAAUGGUUGAGUUUUUUAAAGUUUUUAACUUAAAGAUUUUUUAUCAGGAAUCGGUAAUGUAUAUCAUAUUUUAUAUAAAUGUAAUGCUGGAUCAAACUAUAAUGUGUUUAGACAAAUUAUAUCAUUUUGAAACGAACGUUUGGCAGUUUAAUUACAUGAUUGUUAGGGCCCUCAAUAUUUUUAAUAUAAUGUUAGCUUGGGUCUUCGAAAACAAGGCUUAAAUUAUUUGCGACAAGUGUCGCCCCAGAUAAGCCUGUGCAGUCCGCACAUGCACAUCAGGGACGAUACUUUCCAACUUAACUUGAUUUUCCCCAAGCAGAGACAACCUUCAAUAAAAAAUACCACUUAAGCGGAAAGGGUCGUCACUGAUUAGCCUGUGCGAACUGCACAGGCUAAUCUGGAACACACUUAACGCCCAUGUAUUAAGCCCAGUUUUCCAGAGAAGGCUCAUAUAUUUUAUUUAACUAUUUUUAUUUAUAUAAUUUUACUAAACUUAAUCUUACGGGUUACUGCUUGUAUGCAAUCUACUUUAAAUCGUUUAUUUUUAGCUCUUCCUGUGAUUUUACAAAUAUACAUUGCAACAUUUUGCUUAAGAGCAAUAUGUUUCAAUUAUUAAUUUUCGUAGAUGCAAUACAUGUGUACAAGAAAAAACAGUGUAACAUUUUAUGAAUCGCACACGGUGUACUCUUGCAAUCGAAUAUUGUAAAUGGUAUGUGCAAAAUAGAUACACAUUACUGUAUUAUCUGAGUAUCUGAUAUGUUAUAUAAGGUAUAAUUUUAAAAGAUGUAUAUGUUUGUGCAAAUAUCUGUAUUAAGAAAAAUAGCACAGAAUUUUGUUGGACAAAUUCAACCAUUUAUCAGGGUUAACAUAUAUUGUCGUUUUUAAAGGGAGAAGACUAUGCAAUAGAACCAACUAGAUUUCAAACCAUUUCUUACUGCCCCUGAACUUCUACGCGUAACAGUAAAGAUAAGAUGCGUGUAUAGUAUAAUUAUACAUAUAGGUGUUGUGCAAUUUAUUACAUUAUAACAUUAUCUUCGUUAAUUCAUAUAAAUAAUGUAAUGAAUAUUGAAGGAAUGCCAUUGCUAUUUAUAACAAAAACAGCCUUAUUUAGAUAUAAUAAAAACCUGCUUUGUAUAUUUGUUUUUAGAUCGGUAUAAACACUUGGAUAUUAUUUGAAAAAUGGAAUCUCUUGUAUUGGCUAUGUAUUAUCUAAUUUCAUUUUCACAAGUUUGUCUUAGAACCUCUUGCGUCAUUUUGUUUUAUAACUUUAAUUGUGUACGGGGUGUUGCUGUAAAAACCAUGCUCGUACCUUGUUUAUAUUAACCUUGUUAUGAAGCACUCGACGUUACUCUUUGUUAUUUAUUGUUUUAUAUGCAAAUACAAUGUUUUUAUAAAACG